GACUUUUACACGAAUUAAAAAUCGCGCGAAAACUUUAUAAAUUGAACACAUCUGCAUGCGAUACAAUGAAUAAUUCGAAAAUAAUUGAACCGCACCAGAACGCAUGUUAUUCAUUUUUAGCGGCAAAAUGUGACAUUUAAAUGAGCAAAUAUCACUAGUUCGUGAAGUGUUUGUUUAUAGAAGUUUAUUGAACUCGUGAUUGAUUUCUCUUUUUAUUUAUAGAAAUGGAAACAAUGUCAAUAUCAUAGAUUUAUGUAUUAAAAAUUAAGUCGUUUCUAUUUAUGUGAAAACACAAUUGUGUCCAGUGAUUAUUUAGAUACAAUGACAUACUUGAAUGCGUUUUGCGUGUUAAUAUGCGCGUGCGCAUCGAGUGCACUGCGCGUUGGCGUCGGCAUAGCUGACGUCACCGGCCCACCCGCUGAGAUCGGAUUUAUGGGAUACGCCAAUUUCGAGCAGACCGGUCACGGUAUACACUUGAGGCAGUUUGCGAGAGCGUUUGUGUUAGAAAACGAUGCCGAAAGCCAGGAGAGAGUGGUGUUCGUAUCAGUUGAUGCUGCUAUGAUGGGUCAUGGAGUCAGGAGGGAGGUUUUAAAAAGACUGAAAAAACGAUACGGCGACCUAUAUACAGAGGACAACGUGAUCAUUAGCGGCACCCAUACUCACUCCACGCCUGGUGGUUUCCUGAUGGACUUUCUUUUCGAUCUACCUAUAUUGGGUUUUGUUAAGGAAACUUUCAUUGCAUACGUCCUUGGCAUCUAUAAGAGUAUAGUGAUAGCACACACCAAAUUAACACCAGCUCGCGUCGAGUAUGGCGAGGCUGAAUUAUUAGAUGCUAAUAUCAAUAGGUCCCCUUCUUCGUAUCUAAGAAAUCCUCCGGAAGAAAGAGAAAGGUACAAAUAUGAUGUGGAUAAGACACUUGCGCAAGUCCGUUUCCUAACACCCACAAACGAAGUCCUGGGUGUGAUCAACUGGUUUGCAGUACAUCCCACCAGUAUGAACAACACCAACCGUCUGGUAUCUUCAGAUAAUGUGGGGUACGCUUCCAUAUUGAUGGAGAAAGCCCUCAAUGGCAACAAUACGCAUCCAGGGAAGGGUAAUAUUGUUUGUGCUUUCGCAUCAACAAAUCUUGGCGACGUUUCCCCAAAUAUCAAGGGUCCACGUUGCGAGUUCUCGGGCAAAGUGUGUGAUCAAGAGAAGCUGCUGUGCAAAUUGCCAAAGGAGAGAUGCUUCGCGUCAGGCCCAGGAAAGGAUAUGUUUGAUAGUACCAGGAUCAUUGCCACACGGAUGUACCAGACUGCUAUGAAAAUUUUGGCUGUACCUGGUGAGGAUGUAACUGGGCCAAUUGGUGUGGUACAUCAGUUUGUAGAGAUGCCACUACAGAAGGUCCCGUCGUACGAUCCAGUUUCAGAGACCUUCAAUGCUAGCGCGGAGGUGUCGGGCUGCGCCCCCGCGAUGGGGUACAGCUUCGCGGCGGGCACCACGGACGGGCCGGGCGCGUUCGACUUCCGCCAGGGCACCACCUCGCCCAACAAGCUCUGGGACGCCGUGCGCGACUUCGUGGCCGAGCCCACGCCCCGGGACAUCGCCUGCCACGCGCCCAAGCCCAUACUCCUCGCCACCGGACGGAUAAAAUUCCCAUAUAGCUGGCAACCCCAAAUCGUGUCGUGUUCAGUCGCUCGUAUUGGCGGUCUGAUCAUAGCAGCUGUUCCUGGAGAGUUCACCACCAUGUCGGGCCGAAGGUUGCGUAACGUGGUCUCCAAGGCUUCUGGAGCGAAGAGAGUGGUGUUGGCAGGACUAUCAAAUGUCUAUGCGGACUAUAUCGCAACUCCUGAGGAAUACCAGGAGCAACGGUACGAGGCUGCUUCAACUAUCUACGGACCGCACACGCUUGACAUAUACCUGCAUAAGUACGUCGAGCUGACGGAAGCUUUAAUGAAGAGCACGAAGCCAGCAAGCGGUCCACCUCCAGUUGAUCUGAGCGAGCAGCAGAUAUCUCUGGUGCCACCUGUGUUAUGGGACUCCGCCCCCUGGGGACAAGAGUUCGGGGACUGCCUGCUGCAGCCAGAGAAGCAGUACAGUUAUGGGGACACUGUCGUCGCACAUUUUGUAUCCGGUCAUCCACGUAACAGCAUCCGGCACGGACGCAGCUACGGCGGCGUGGAGAGACUGGAGUCAGCGCAUGAUGAUGCUUGGACCACCGUCGCCACUGACGCUGAGUGGGAAACCAGGUUCAUAUGGCACCGCAGCUCCAAGAUCCUGGGCACCAGCUACGCGGCCAUCGAGUGGGACAUACCGCCGGGGACACACCCCGGGACCUACCGGCUGCACCACUACGGCUCCUACAAGUACAUCCUCGGCGGGAUCUACCCCUACCACGGGUUCUCUGAAUCCUUCGAGGUCACCUAGACUAUCCUCAUCCUAACCUGGAUUGGGGUUCGCUCAAAAUUCUUGAACAGUUGAAAGUGAUAAAUCAAAUCAAAAUAACUUUAUUUAUUUUAUUAAUAUAGUUAAACGGCCCGUAGUCACGUGCUGACUCAGUCAGUCAGUCAGCUAGAGUGACCUAGGCGAAAG